AUGAUAGAUCAAGAACAAAACGCAUUAAAUAGAGAGUCCAUUCCUGCAAUAUCAUCAUCUUCCAUGCACCAGUCAAUAUCUCCACCACCAUUAUCAUCUGAAAAGCAAGACUCUUUUCCGUUUGAAAUGAACAAAGAGCAAUACUCGGAACUAGUAGCUGAUGAAACUGAUUUUGAUGCUUCUUUUCUUAGUUUAGUAGAGACUUUGGCUGAUUAUUUCCCAACUUUCCCCAAGACAGAAAUCAAGAUUCGAUUGAAAUUAGCUGAUAACGUUGAAGAUUUGAUCGAGGAGCUAUUUAGUGAAACAGAACUGAAUGAAAUUGGAAUACAGCAGGAUCGACUGGAAAAGUCUACUUUACCAACAAGUACAAAAUAUAACCAAGAGGCCUAUCAGUUGCAUGAAAUAUUCCCACAAGUAAGCUUAUCCAUAAUAAGCAAACAGUUGAAAGAUAACAAUAAUGAUGUACAUAAAGUUGGCAUGAUCUUGCUUAAUGAUGACCCAACACCACCACCACUGCAAACAACAGGAUUUUCUUCAAAGAAUCUGAAUGUGAAUCAAUGGUUUGAACUACCCGAUAUGGUGAGUAGAGUUAAAAAUUUUCUUGGGGUUAAUAACGUGUCUACACAGGACCAACAAGGGGAAUGUUUUGUUCUUGAAGAUAAUGAUGUGAUACAUUAUAUCAGGAGAGCCAAUGGCAAUUACAAAAAUGCAUUAAUUGAAAUCAUCAAAAAUCUUCGACCUAAAUUACGCAAAGAAGUAGUUAACGUUGGUGUUGAAAGGAAUUGCAGUAGGGUUCAAAGAGGUGGCAGACAAACUAACAACAUUAGUAGCAGGCUAUCGAACCAGGGAGUCAGAUAUAUUGAAAGCACUUAUAAGUACAAUCCAAACAAUAAGGAAAGUCGUGAGUUAUGGCAGAUAUAUGAGAAUAACCUAGUAAUGCAUUCGAUGGAUAAGAGUUUUCUUAUUAGUGCAUUGGAGUUUUUCCGGGGCAAUUGUGACAAGGUGAUUGAAUUGGCAUUUGAACUAGCUCAAGCGGAUGCCAGUGAAGGCAGCAGUAAUGAAAUUUUUGAAACCAAACUGCGCAGCAAAAAUGGUUGGAGAAUAGUAUUUGGUUCUGAUGAGGCAGCCACUAGUUAUCAAUCACUAUCACAAACUUUUCGUAACUACACUGCCAAAAGAAAACCAAGCAACGAUACUUUUACUACAAGCAACGAUACUUUUACUACAAGCAACGAUACUUUUACUACAAGCAACUCUCUGACAUUAUCGUCAGCAACUGCACCAUUUGCAACUAGUGAGAGACUCGAUGCCUAUGUACGAGCUGGGACUCUAGACUUGCAUAAUUUCAAAUUAGUUGAAGCAAUACAAACUACAAAAUUAGUAUUGAACCAUUGGUGGAACCAAGAAACAAAACAAAGAAUUGAAGAAGGCCGGUUGCAAAAUUAUGGGAAUUUAGCAUUAUUUGUUAAUCAUAUGUCAAUUAUUACAGGACGUGGCAUACAUUCUGUUGGUAAUGUUAGUCCUAUUAAGAAGUAUGUUAAGGAGUAUUUGACUAAACAGAGUUUUAUAUUUGACGAAUAUGCUGGGAAAUUUGACGUUAAAGGAAAAAGGAAAAACAUUAAAAAGUAG